GGAGGCAGGCGCUUAGCAAGCCAACAGUAGCACCAGGAGGCGGAGCUGAGACUCCGAAGUUGGUUCUUCUCUGAGAUCCCGUCGGCGGAAAAAAAAAAAAAAAAAAAAAAAACCAGCCACCGAGCGCCAGCGUAGAAGCAACAGAUCCCAAAGAAGGCGAUCCCGGAGCGCUGCAAUUUUAGGCUCGGGGUGUUUUUUUUGUUUUGUUUUUUUUGGGGUUUUUUUUUUUAGCACCCGGGAGGCGGGCAGAGGAAGGGGGGUCGCGAGGUCGCAGCCAUGCCUGGCCACAGCGGCUCUCGGGCGGCGCAGCUCGGUUUGGCGCGGCUCUGGUGAGCGCUCCUUAUGGGGGAUCCCGCCGAAUAGUAGCGGGCCUCCCCCCCCCCCCAGGAUCGCCGAGGAGCCGUGCCCCGAUGGAGCCGGAAGAAAAAAAGAUCUCGGUGUGGAUCUGCCAGGAGGAGAAGUUAAUCUCGGGCCUUACCAAACGUACCACUUGCUCGGAUGUGGUGCGGGUCCUUUUGGAGGAGAGCAAGCAGCGGCGCAGGCGUCGGCAGCAGCAGCAGCAGCAGCAACAGGCAUCGGUGCAGGAGUGCGGCGGGGGGAUGUUGUCCGGGCUCCCGCAGUCUUACUGCAUCGUGGAGAAGUGGCGGGGCUUCGAGAGGAUCCUGCCCAACAAGACCAAGAUCCUGAGGCUCUGGGCGGCCUGGGGCGACGAGCAGGAGAACGUGCGCUUCGUGCUGGUGCGCAGCGAGGCGUCCUUGCCCAACACCGGACCCAGGAGCGCCGACGCCAGGGUGGUCCCCAGCAGGGACAGCCCGGGACGCCAUGGCUUGGGGGUUGCAGCCCGGGCCAGCCUGGCUCUGAGCCAGGAGCGGCAGCGGCGCGUGGUGAGGAAAGCCUUCCGCAAGCUGGCCAAGAUCAACAAGAGGAAGGGGCAGCCGCAACUCGAGGAGCCGCCGGCUAAGGAGGCCCCGGCGGCCGAGAGGAUGGAGACUCUGGUGCAUCUGGUCCUUUCGCAAGACCACACCAUCCGGCAGCAGAUCAAGCGGCUCCGCGACUUAGACCGGGAGAUCGACCGCUACGAGGCGAGGAUUCACUUCGACCGCAUGAAGCGCCACGGGGUGAACUACGUGCAGGACACUUACUUGGUCGGAGAAGAGCCGGAGCCCCCCGCGGGGCAGCAGGAGGGAAAGGUUCCCGCAGGAGCGGCCCCCGAGGCGGCGGCGGCGGCGACGCCUCCUUCGGCGGGGGAGUUCGAGACGCCGGCGGCCGGCAGCGAGGGCUUGGAGGAGUUCGCCUGGAAGUGCGAGCAGGUGGCUCGGGUGCAGGAGCAGUGGCGCCGCCAGGAGGAGCUGAUCGAGCAUUUGGCCGGCGAGAUCCAGGAGGAGCUCAACGAGCGCUGGAUGAGGCGGCGCCGGGAAGAGCUGGCGGCCGCCAAGGGCUCCAGCGCCAGCCUCUCCGAGACGGACUGCAACACCACCGAGCUGAGCGGCGGCGGCGGCGAGCUCCACGUGGAGCAGGAGCGCGUCAAGACGCAGCUGAGCACCAGCCUCUACAUCGGGCUGCGCCUCAACACGGACUUGGACGCCGUGAAGUCGGACCUGGAAUUUACCCAGCGCGCCUGGGCCGAUAAAGAGUGCGAGCUUCGGCGCUUGCUCGAUUCCCUGGAGUCCUUACACGUGGAGGAGGAAGAGGAGGAGGCGGAGGUGGAGGAGGAAACGGCGGCGGUGGUGGUGGACGAGGGCGAGCGAGGGGACCUCCCUUUCAACACGGGCGACGAGCUGCCCGCCUCUGUCCCCAUCACCUCGGGAAAUUGGGCUGAGGAAGCUGCCCGGAGUUUGGGCAAAGACCGCGAAGAUCGUGAAGACGAGGAUUCCGACACGGGUUUGAGCUCUAUGCACAGUCAGGACUCGGACUCUGUGCCUGUGUGCGAAUCCCUCGUGUAGCUGUUCCCCCCUCCUCCCGUUUUUUUUUUUUUUUUUUCCCCCUUCACAUCAUCUCAGGGACUGCAAAACUGUUUUUCUCCUUCGGUGCACAAGUUUCCAUUGGCGCAAAAUGCUUGGAUUAAGAGUUCCUGCUUUUUCUCCUGUUUCUGAUUAAGUGCAUUACAAUAGAUUGUAACAAUGCAGACUCCAGUCUGGGUCGGUCACCGGGGAUCGUUGUAAUGAGCCUGAUGGUGGUUCAUUACAGGUCAUUUCUGUUCAAAUAAUCAAAUCCUGGAAAAUAUAUAUUUGUACAAACAAAAAGCUAGUUUUCUCCAUAAUUAAAUUUCCUUGUUUUUUUUCAAAUGAAGAAAAAGCUGCCGUUUUUAAUAUUUAAUUCUCUUAAGGAAAUAAAUACUGUUGUGGAAAAUAUAUGAUAUUGUGUGUAUAUAAAACAAAGCUCCCAACAUCUAAAUUGAGGGCUUGACACUGAAACUUUCUGAAACUAGUCAAGAAGGGCAGAUUUUGGUCUUGUUUUCUCACUCUUUAACUGCAAACUUUAAAAAAGGAUUGUUGGCAAAUCUCUGAAACUGUACUUUCCAUUUUUUUGCUCUUUUACAUCUGAGAUAUUUAUUUUUGAACGGCUUUUCUAACCAUUACAUUCUUAAUUGCAAGUACAAGACAGAGUGCUUUAAAAGUGUUAUUCAUUAAUUUGCUUUCUAAUUCAGGAAUUUUUUUUACUCCUUGGUUCUUUCCCAAUAUAAAGACAUAUGUCUAAUACAAUAGAGCUGUAAUUUGCUCUGAAAGAGGUACAGUAGUUUAAUCUUCUGAUCAAAAUGAAACAUAUAGAUGGAAGACACAGUAGCAAGAAUGGGGAUGAUUAAUAACUUGUACUCUGGAAUGCCUGCUGUCAUCCUGUUUGGAAUAGAUUCCAACAAAUGUCUAAAUAACAAAUUUAUGUCUCAGAUGCAACAAAUCUCUUAUGCACAGGUGUUCAUGGGAAUAAUCCAGGUUUUUGUGGGGAGGUGGGAAGGUUUAUUUAAAUGUUAAGAAUGAAUCAUUGGAAGUAAAUAGGAAUCAUAGCAGUUAUGCUUAUUUGGUUGUGUUUCUUAGAAAAAUGGGGAAUGAAACGCAGGAGAUGUGAGUUAAUUUGCUCACAACACACUAACAGUGUAAAUCUGCAUGAGAGAAUGCUGGUUGAGUGAGACUUUACAUUGUAAUUACAUGGUACGGAAACUUUAAAAGUGACAUGGGCUUUAAUGCUUCCAGUAUGUGAUUUGCAGAUUUAUUGAAGCAGUAUGCAGUGUGUUGUGAAUAAGAUUGAAUUUGUCUAAAUAUGCUGAAAUCAGCAUUGGGUAAGAGCCAUUCCACAAAGCCAGCUCCAGUGCCUUGUUUGUUGCAGGUCUUGAGCAAAGUUUUUGUGGCCUGAAGGCCAAUCUAAGGGGCAACUUCUCCAAAACUGAUAUGUCUAUGCAUUUUAUUCACAAUGAACUUGGUACGUGCAUUCCUACUUAAAACUUUCAAAAGGAAAUAGGACUUCCAAACCAUUUUAACUCCUACCUUACUUUAAAAUGUCAAAUUUGGCAAUGAAUGGCAUAAAUUUCAUUGGUGGGAAUGAUGGAGGCAGAAGGACUGUGAUGCAACAAGAACAAAUUAACCCUUUCUCCUAUACACACACAAAACACCAUCUCAAGGCUAGUGAGGCUAUUACAACUUUUUAUCACGUCUUUUAAUAGUUGCAAUUUAAAAGAAUAUGACUGAACAAAUGCCACUGUAAACUCAUAUUACGGAUUUAUUUCUAAACAGAAGUAAAUAAUUGGAAGUUAAAAGAGGCACAUACUAUUUUUGUUACUUUGUUUUUCAGAUUACCUUCCUUGUGAACAGUAGGGCAGUUUUUUAGUUCAACUGAGCAUCAGUCACAGAAGAAAUUUGGCAUAGAUUGUUUUUUUUCAAUUUUGCUUUUAAAGGUGUGAAUUGAGAGCAUUGUAAGAGAGGAUCAGAAUCAGAUUCUACCAAUGGAUAGUUAGAAAUAAAUUUAAUAGGAUUUCAUUGUAUAUUGAGCUCCAUGUAGAAAUGAAGAUUGGCUGUGUAUAGGACAGCAAAUAAGUCCACAAAUAGUUUUGGCAAUAGAUGGAAAAGUGGCCAUCAGUAUCGUAUCCAUCAUUGCCUUUCCCAAGCAAAAUCUUACUUUCAUCUAUUGCAUAAUUGCAUUGCUAUUUUCUUCUUCCAUGUUUUUUGAGUCAGUUAUUAAAAAAUGGAUACAAAAUGGUAGAAUACAGGCCAGUUACUAAAUGAAUCACAUUAACUGGGAAAAAUUCCCUGAAUGGGGCAAGGUGAUUUAUGCAAUACUUAGCUUCAUCUAAAAGCAACCAGUAUUUGGGGAGAGGGGAACCUUGUAUUUCAAAUCGGGAAGAAAAAAGUGCAGAGACGCUGCACUGGCCAGGAUGCACUAUCACAGUGUUUC